AUGGAGAUUUCAAGUAAACGCGCUUACGCAGCGUUAGGUAAUUCAGACAUUCAUGAGGGAGGCUUAAAGAGAAGAGCCUUAAUUUUGGACAAUUCAGUUCCGCUUCAGAAUUUCGAUGCUCCGCGUGGGCCUUUCUCAGGAGUUUCCUUUCAGCUGAAAGAUGGAAGAUCAUUAAAUUCCUUUGAUAGCAAAAACCGGUCAGAUUCUGAUCUGGAUGCAAAAUCAGGUUUCAGUUCUCAAGAAGAUCACUCUUACGCCCACGGUUUCAGUUCAGGUCUGUUAAAUCCUAAACUCGUGGAGGCCGUUUCCCGUUAUAGUGAUUCUGAAGUCGAUAAAAAUAAUAAUUACUGUAACUCAUCAAUCAGACUUGGCCAGGAUAGAUGUCUCGAAGACAACAAUCAAAGAAGAAAAUCUUCGGCAAGGCCAGACUCAUUCUCAUCUUCAUAUUCACGGAGGUCCCAAGUUACAAAGAUGGAUCUUUGUGCAAGGGAGAGAUGUUUUGAUUAUAUUGUUCAAUCUAUUGAUGAAGUCUGGGCAAGGUAUUGCGACACGACAUCUUGCGCAGAGGCUAAGGUAUAUGGCAAUUUGCCAUCACAGAGAGCCGCAAAGUUGCAAAAGUGUAAUCAAAAUAAUCCUACCGUUGCUCAUUUCCCUCAGUCCCACAAACCCUUAAACAUUACAGAUAGGGAUACAGAAAGUGAUUCUGAUUCAGAAAUCAGUAUUGAUGGUUUAAAUCAAAAUUGUGAGGAUGAUGAGGAAGAGAAUAGCGGUUAUAAAUCAGAGGCUACUAAUAUUACAGAAUAUGAGACUGACAAUGGCGAAUCUAGAACAGUUUCCAAUUUACCUGAUUCUGUUAAACUGCAAUCUUUGAAGUUUAGGCUAAAAAAUGCAAAAAAUGAUAUGGAGCAAGUUUAUGAUUCAACAGAAAUGCAGGAUUCAUGCUCGUUUUGGAGACGCUGGGAUAUGAUCAAGUAUGGUGCUGUUGAAAUGAUGGAAGAAGAUGAUGAUGACGAAAUAAUAGAAAAUGUUAUCGAAGAGUUAGAGCAGGGCAGAUGUUAUUUUACAAAUUAA